CCCAUUCUGUGCUUUAGCUUAACAGUCGAGAGACUGUUGUUGUUGGCUGGACCGGGUUCGUUGACCAACAUUAUACUGCAGGUCACGGCAGGACAACAGGAGCAACAGGCUGCCAGUGAGCAAUAAUCCCCUUGAAGCAAGCAUCGCCUUGAGGAUCACGGAUUGUUUCAGGGACGGCGAUUCCGUUUCCACAUUCACAAGACAUUUCUUCUCUGCAAGAUAAAAGAUUGAAUCCAGCAGUCAGAAUGGCAGACAGCGGGAAGACUAAUGAGACUGGAGCUGCAGCAGCUCAACCUGUUAAUGGAGACCAGCAGAAUGUUGUUUCCCGAUUGAGCAAUUUGCCUCUGGUCAGUUCAGCUUGUGAGGUGGUUUCCAGCGCCUACAGUAGCACCAAAGACAGUGUGCCCUUGCUGAAGGGAGUGAUGGAUGCAGCAGAGAGUGGGGUCCGAACCCUGGGAGCAGCUGCCACCACGGGGUCCAAGCCUCUUUUGGACAUUAUAGAACCACAGCUUGCUACAGUAAACGAGUACGCCUUGAAAGGACUGGGUAAGAUGGAAGAGAAGCUGCCGAUUCUUCACCAACCAGCGGAUGAGGUGGUGUCGGACACAGUAGGUAUGGUGUACCAGUCGGUUGCAGGGGCCAAAGAUGCUGUGGUGGGGGCUGUGAUGGGCGGUGUCGGGCUGACCUGGGCAGCGGUCAGCGGAGGUAUCUUCACCGCCAUGGGCACCAGGGUGGGCCAGAUGGUCAGCAGUGGGAUGGGCCUGGCCCUGAGCCAGUCCGAGGACUGGGUUGACCAGAACCUACCACUCACUGAGAGGGAGCUGGCUGCUGUGGCUGAACCUGUCACCAGUGAGGUGACUACCCCGUCGGCAAGCCCCAGCUACUUUGUCCGCUUGGGGAAACUCUCUGCAAAAAUACAGGAGCGAGCCCUGCAGCAGUCCUUGGUCCGUGCCCGGCAUGCCAGGGAUGCCACCUAUACUACAGUGGCUCAGAUUACCAGUACUCUGGACCUGCUUGAGAGCGCCCGUACCAGUAUGGGUACCGCCAGUAACCAGAUAGGAGGAGCCUCCGAGCAGCUGCUGCAGCGCUGGACAGAGUGGAAGCAGAAGCAGGCUGGAGCUGGACAGACUGAGUCAGAGCCAGAUGGGACCAGAGAUGAGGCUGAGCAGCUGGAAUGGCGAGUCCUCUCCAUGGUGCAUGGUCUGAGUGAUCAGCUGAGGUCAGCAUGCUCCAAUGUGGUGUCAAGCGCUCAGGGUCUGCCAAGUGCAGUCCAGGACCAGCUUACCAGCGCAAGGCGAUCAGCUGAAGAACUGCACUCCUCUCUGGGGAACACCAGCACUAUCACACCCCUCCUUCUGGAGCGCAGCCGUCACCACCUGAUCCAAGUUCAACAGUCUCUGGAUGGUGUAAUGGAAUAUCUUCUACACAACACACCACUCAACUGGCUGGUGGGACCUUUUGCUCCUCAGGUCACUGAGAAAGUAGAGGGAGAUGUGGCGAUGAAGCAAAGUGGACCGCCCAACUAGAGAAGACUGUUGUGUUUCUCCAUGAGUUAAUCAAUGUGGUGACAGAAGACCGGUGUUUACUGUAGAUGGACAAUUUAACAAAAAUAACCUAUCUAUCUGCUUGCUUUAAUGACGGAGGCCUUAAAUUCAUGUAGUCAUGUUUUUUUCAUGAUAAUGCACUACAUUUUUAUUAGUUAAUGACACUACAUUUGUGAUGUAGAAGUUAAUGGAAUUUAAUCAUGUCUGAAAGCUCUGACCUGUUGCCUUAGAGAAUUUAGAUACUUUUUUUUUUUAUUUAUCCAAAAAGAUAAGCAUUUUUACAUUUGUUGAAGAUUAAUCUAUGCAUGUGCCCAUACUGAUGUUCCAAAGACUUUUGAUAGUGCUUAAAAAAUAAUUCAAAGCAUUCCUAUCAACACCAAGAUCAUUUCAAGGCCCUAAAUUCCCUUUGUGACAAUAAAACUGAUAUGCAAAUUGAAUGGUCUGUUGAGUUUAUAGCGUGUUCAUAGUGUAUUCAUUUGUUUUUUUUAGAUUUGCAGUAUUAAUUUCAGUGUUUUGUGUCUGAACAUUGAUGGGUUUAUGGAAGCAGCUAAUAAACUGUCAAUAAAAAAUAAAAAAUGA